CUACAACAAGAAUGCGCGCGCAUCUUGGCAACGGAAGUGGAGUGUUACUUUUGCGGAUAACUUCCUUGACCGAAGCUAACGGUAAAUGCAACUCUUUUAAUGCAAAAAUGUCGACUUGUUGCGUGUCUGGUUGUAAAUACCGAUACACCCCAGGCAGCAGCAUCAAAUUAUACAGGAUACCGUCUGGUUCGCGGCCGUAUCACGCCAACAGGAGGCGGUUAUGGCUUGAAGCGAUACAACGAGCGAAUGGCAGCACGGAGCCAAUCAAAGACACCGCUCGUGUUUGUAGCGCUCAUUUCAUAUCAGGAGAAGUAUCCAUGGACUAUGACCAGCCCGACUUUGUGCCUUCAGUAUUUACAUGCACUGAACAGAGCCCACCCCGCAAAAAUAGAAUAAAAAGGGUUUACAGUCGUAGAGCAAGGCUCCACCGUGCAGCCAAAAUGAGAGCAGAGGAAAAAACUCCUCCUCCUGGAGUCGAAUCUCCUGAGGACCUCCAGUCCUCUGUUUUGAUAGUAACUGAAAGUGAACUUUCAAUGGAAACUCAGAUUCCGUUAAGCCCAUCAGUGCCAAAGGAAGAAGAAGCAUCGACUAUAGAGGCUGAGAAUGACACCAAAGCAAUCCAAUCGCAAACACCCAACACAAACAUGCCAUCACCAUCCUUUGAAGCACCAGCAGGCAUCGCAAACCCAGUCAAGAGGAGUCCCGUUGUGCUUCUAAAGCCCAUCGUUUCACCAGCAGGUGGCUUUCAGUGUGAACAGUGCAAUCUCACCUUCCCCGGUACAUCACAGCUUGUAAAACACAAACAGCAGCAUGAAGAACAGAAGUCGUUAAUCUGUGAAGUUGAUGCGGAGUGCCUCACAAGUCAGACAGAUCUCACCGAGCACCAUGCCGUCGACAAGGAAGAGCUUUGCUUUCCAUGUAACAUUUGUGAUCGAUCUUUUCCUUCAAAUCAGAGUCUCAAGCGUCACAAACUACGGCAUGCUAAAGAUGGCAGGAAGUGCUGUGGCGUGCUGUUUUGUCGCCAUCACAGACACUUUUUAUUCCGGCCAAAGAUCGAGUGCGAGACGGGGUCUGAGCACGAGUCCUCCGUCGAUGAGCCACAACAUGUAGGAAGUGACUCGAUCCCAGAAAAUGAUCCGCCAAAUAAGCUAGAGCCAAGCCAGACGACUGAGGAGUCUGUGCCUGACGAUGCUCAGAGCUCACAGACCUUUACACUUUUACUGACUUCUUCUACAUUAGUUCUUGCAGCUAUACCUCCAGUCUCUGAAUUUACACCUGAGACUCUUGUGGUCCCCAAUCCAGCCCCAAACUCUAGAAUCGUACCUAACAUUCCUAAACCGCGGCUGCUGAAAUCCUCCGCUAUGCCCCCUCCAAACCCUGCAAAAAUCAGACAUAGGAAGCAAAGCACCUCGUUUAAACCUAGGUCAUUAAUGGCAACUUUUGAUCAGCCUCAAUGUCCAGAACUCCCACCCUCUCUGAAGAUCUUCUCACCUCAGUGCCUCACCUCAGCCUUACUUGAGGUUAAGAGAAAUUAUGAUUAUAUUUUCAGCAAGACGAAGGAUGUUGAUAUUAAGCCUGUUGUGAAGGAAGAAACUGAGCCAAUGAUGAUUUCUGAGAACGAGCAAACUGUCAAAGAAGACAAAAAUGAGAGAAUUGCGUAUGACCUUGAGAUUGUUCUCUGAUCAAAGCAGGUGCUAAAAGUGUCUUUAAAUAACUACGCUUCUGACUGACCUGCUUGCCUGAACUGAAAUGAUUUACAUUUCACUGCUGCUUGCAGAAGGACUGGUUCUUUGCAUCAAAAAGUUAAUGCGCCAAUCCUGCAAACUCACCGGUGUGUUUGGUAGAUUUACUACUGAAAUAUUAACUUCAUUUGGGAUGAUUUUUCUGUUGCAUAAUGCCUUUCCCACCUGUAUGAUAUGUAACAAUUGUGUUUUUUUGUUUUGUUUUUUAGUCUUCCUGUAAUGCACAUGUAUGCAUAUACUGCAAAUUAGGUCUGUAGAGCCAGUUUCAAAAUGAAAUCCCGAUUAGAAAAAUGCAGUUAUAAAAUCACAAAUUAAAGAUAUACAUUAUGCUCAGACAUAGGAUAUAAAUUGUGCAGGGUUUUAACUGCCAAUGCAAUGGUUUGACAAAUUCAUGCUGUCAUCCUUGCAUCAGUAGAUACAGUAAACAUUGUAUCGUCUCCGUGGAGAAAUUUGAAAGGUAGCCAUGCUCUUUAUAUCUCAUGUGAUGUUGCUCCAUCACAUGUUUUUUAGUUCAUUAGAGUGAAUAUUGAAUAGAAUCCUAAAUUAAAUUUCAUUAUCUGUCAGAAAUAUUACAUUUAUUUUUCAGAAAUUGGUCAGCCCCACUGCAAGUAAUAGAGUCACAUAUCUCCCAGUUCGGCCAAUUUUAGUUGUUCGCUGAUAUAUUUUAUGCAACUGAUUCAAAUUCUGCCCUUUUGUAUUUAGAAAUAGUUCUGUGGUUGAGCUCUUUCACAUUUGUUUUUUUUAUCACUACUCUUUGAUAAGUUUUACUGUUUGAAUGAAUGUGACUCUGAAUGUAACUGACCUGGAUUGUAAAACUGCACCAGGUGGCAUUUAGGCUGCAGGCUAUAUCCUGUACUAGGCAGUUUUCUGCAUAAUUAUCACUUUAGUCUGUGAGCAAAUGCACUGCAACAGGAGCGAGUGUUUUAUAGUGUCAUAUGAGAUGAAAAUUGCCAGUGAAUACACUACAUUUUCCUACCUACCUCAGCCAACUGGAGACAGAGAGACAAUGUCUUUGUUUUUGUCUUUGUCUUUUACUAUGUAAAUAUACUGUAUUUGUGCUGAAUCUUUUCCCAUAUACACACACACACACACAUAAAGCAGUUCCACUACUUAGUGUGUAGACUUUAUGAAGUGAGACCACAAGACCACUAUAUUUGACAUGUUAAGUUUUAAAAAUGAUUGUUACCAGAUCAGUUUGAUGAGAUUUUUUAACCCACUUUAUGUGAGUUUCAGUCACUACAGUCUUAUGUGUGACAGUUUAGUUAAAGUGUAUCCAGAAUGUUGUCUUUGCCCCAUGGCCACUGUCAGAACAUUUGUGCUUUCAGUGACACUGCAAGAGAUUAAAGCUGCUCUUUUAAAAUACACAAAUUGUAAAUGACAUGUUGUUGGCUGUGCCCAGUCUAUGGAAUAUAUCAAUUGAAACAGAUGCAUUGGAAUUGAGGAGACAUUAAACUGACUGACAGCGAA